GAGAGUGGCAUGUGGUAUGUGAAAUUAAGAGCGUCAACGCUAUCACUUCACCCGAGGCAUUACCAAACAUCACCAGAGGAAUGAUUUAGAUUGAUAACGAGCGAUAAAAACGUGGGUGGGUUGAAUUACGUCAGCGGUAUGAAGGGAGCUCGCUGAUAAAUAUUUUCCACUUGUUGGUCGACGACUCGAAACAGUUGAAGAAACCUAUUCAUAAGUAUAACAUAGUCACAUAUUCAUCUUGUAUUCAUUGCUUGAUUUGUUGAUGAUGAAUACGUGAAUUCUCACUUUAAAAAGUACUACGAUCAGUUGAUGGAUGAUAUAACCGUUUACGACUCAUCAGCCGAAGGAUAUGAUACUUCUUUGGAAUAGUAGAACUAUGGUCUUGUAAUCCUCGUAUUAAGAAGGUUACAAAUUGUGUAGAGUUUAGGAAACAUUGAUCGUGAAGUAUGGAGAAGCUAAGGAGAGCGUUGAGUGGCAACGAGCAAUGCGACGAGGAAAGCGGCAUAAUUACUCAGGUGAUGGAUUCGUCAACGCUUAGCUGGUCGACGAGAAUCAAGGGUUUUGCCAUAUGUUUUGUCAUUGGAAUUCUCUGUUCGUUUCUUGGAUCAUUUGCUCUCUUUUUGAAUAGAGGGUUAACAGUAUUUGCAGUAUUCUAUACUCUUGGCAAUAUCAUUUCAUUGUUAAGCACAUGCUUUUUAAUGGGGCCUGUCAAGCAACUUAAAAAAAUGUUUGCAUCGACGAGAGUAAUUGCAACAGUUUUAGUCUUUGUAUCAAUUGUGAUGACCCUUUUUGCUGCUAUUCAUCUAAAAAAAGCCGGACUUGCCCUUUUCUUCAUAAUUCUUCAAUCUUUGGCAAUGACAUGGUAUUCAUUGUCUUAUAUACCAUAUGCCCGUGAUACGGUCAAAAAAGCAGUUGAAUCAUGUAUUACGUGAUUUUCAAGAUAUGCAAAGGAAAUUACUACAUCAUAUAAAUAUUUUUAAAAAAUAUACUAAGUUGUGAAGCAUAAUUUGAGUUAUAUGCUCAAAAAGUCUAUGCAAAGUGUCGCUCAAAUCAAAUGUUGACAGUCUUGAAUAAUUUUUACCAUCAUAUUUUUUAAAAAUAUUACAGUAAUAAAACAUUUGAUAUCUGAUAUAAAAUAUGAUAUACAAGAACUAUGUCGGUUCUUAAUAUUGACAUAACAAUCAUAUAUUUGGCAAACGCUUACUUGUUUUGUAUUUAUAAAUACUGUAAAAGAAGAAUACACCAAAUGCAUAUAAGUUACAUUAAUGCAAUGCUUGUAAUUGGCUUAAUGUAUUUAUAAAUUCGAUUGUACCAUAAGGUAGAGGUAUAAAUGAUGGUUCUAAAUGCUCCAAUCACAUUCUGUACUCUUGAAUGAGUUAGUGUCAAAUGAUGUGUUGAUCAGAUUUAAGAUCAGGCCUAAUUAUAGCAUAUUUCACAACAAACUCCUGUGUGAAUAUUCUGACAGAACUUCCUUGGAUUAGAAAAAGAAGAGUACAUUGUAUUGUCUAUUUUUCUAACUUAAAAUCUACUGUAAUUAAGUAAUUACAUAAUUGACAAUAUUGGAUGGGGUUAUAGGCUUAUUAAACUUACCCAUUCUUAUGGGGUGAUGGCUUUAAGACUUCAAAAAAUCUCAAAAUUGUGACUAGUUCUACUUUAGUGUUCAACCAUUUGUUUAUAAUAUUCAAAUAAUCAGCUUUAAUUGAAUUGAAUACAACCAUGUGAUACCUGCAUAAAAAGUCAAUAUUUUUCUAAGUCAUCGUCACCAUGCCUGUCAGGAGAGUUAUGCGUUUAACGUAUACAAUUAUUUAUUUUAUUAUUAAAAAAUUCAGAAUGCUUUGCACAUAAUGCAUUAAAGUACACCUUUUUCUUCCUUGUGUUGGGAUAUGUAAAUUUUAACUGUAUCAUUACGCAUUUGUAUUAUUGGCAGAACUGCCGCAUUGGAGUACUUAGAAUUUUUUAAUCUCAAUUGUGGAUAUUAUUAGUAAUAAGUGUUAGAAGUUAUUUGUACCGGCUUAAAAUUGUAUACACACAAUGUAUUCACAAUGAAUGCGACCAACGGACACAAUUACGAAACUUACACAUAUACAAUGAUAAGUGCAUUUUUUAUAUAGUUUUUAAUAGAAUUAUGGCCCACAAUUUAUAUUUUGUACAGUACUUAUACAUAAGGCACUUUGUAACCCUUUGCAGGAAAACUAAUAUCUGUGACACUGAAUAUCAAACAAUUAUUUAAUGCAUUAUAUUUAUCGAUAAACGAUAAAUAAAAUAAUUAUAUACAA